AUGGCCCCUCAUUCGCGAGAGCCAAGUCCAGAGAACGAAAAGACACUGGUGGCCGCCACCACAGGGCUUCGCGAGAGCCCUCAGCCUAGCCAUGCAUUCGGGGAUCGAGUUUUAGAUUACGCCUCGGAAAAUACGACCGCUAACGAAGAGUCAGGAUCUGAAAACGAGUCGCAGCCACUUAAGGGUGAUGAGACGAAAGAUCCGCUACCUCAAAACAGGAGGCUCAUGAGAGACUUGGUCUCAAAGGCUCAGAAGAUCCCGGAACCCGCCUUUGAUACAAAUACCGCCAGGACCUACGGAUCGGCCAUUCAACCGCUAUGUCGCGCUUUGGAAGACUACCGAAGUCGCCUCCCUUCAGCGGCCCCUUCAGACAAUGAGGCUCGCCACCCAAAGAUGGUCUUGAAACAUUUCUCCCAGCUGCUCAUUACGGAUUCUGCGAUUACAGGGACCGCCCUUGACUCGUCGUAUCAGAGCAUUCUCGCGUUCUUCGAAGGGCCGCCUUCGUCGCCAUAUGCCGGAGGAGUCUUCUCAGUCCUAAUCACGCCACCGGCCGAUUACCCUUUCUAUGCUCCGAAAUGCCAGUUCUUGACCAAGAUGUACCAUCCCAACAUUGACUCGGACGGGAAUAUUUGCUUGGAUAUCCUGGGGAAGGAAUGGUCUCCGUGGUUCCAUUUUGGGGGCGUCAUGCUCGGGAUCUUGUCCAUUCUGACGGAUCCGGGGCUGGAGGAUCCGCUCGUUCCUGAGAUUGCUGUGACGUAUCUAACGGAUCGCAAGCAUUUCAACGAAGACGCUGAAUUGUACACGCGGAAGUAUGCGACUUUGGAGAAUGCCCUAUCGCUGCUACCGGAGCUGCCCAGUCCAGACUCGGUGGUAGGCAAGGAGUCGGGUCAAGUUGAUGAGUUGGUAGAGAAAUUGGACACUGCCAGUCUGGGCGCCUAA